CGGAACGUUCGGCUCCUCCUUCAUGGGCCCACGUGAGCAGUGGGGAAACGCAGGGGCGGCUUCUAGGUGCUGCCGCCGCCACCGCCGCUGCCACCACCGCCUCGGAGCCCGGGCCUGGGGGGCGGUGGGGCCGCGCAUGGAGCCCCCGCCCCCCGGAGCUGCCAACACCACCGCUGCGCUACACACAGGUACAGAAACAGAGCCAGAGAGGUUGAGUAACUCGCUCAAGGUCACACAGCUAGAACAGGACAGGAGUACGAGGCUGGAGACCCAGAGAGAAGAACCCAUUUGCAAGGACAGACAGCUUAUUCGGCACAUUGGAUCACACAGAGGAAGAAUUAAUUCUGCCGGGGAGAUACCAGAACUUGAUGAUGUACCCCUGGGAUGGCGUGAGCGCUCGCCCAGCAAUGGACCCUUCUGUGACGCUGUGGCAGUUUCUGCUGCAGCUGUUGAGAGAGCAAGGCAAUGGCCACAUCAUCUCCUGGACCUCCCGGGAUGGCGGUGAGUUCAAGCUGGUGGAUGCUGAGGAGGUGGCCCGGCUCUGGGGGCUGCGCAAGAAUAAAACCAACAUGAAUUAUGACAAGCUCAGCCGGGCCUUGCGGUACUACUAUGAUAAGAACAUCAUCCGCAAAGUGAGUGGCCAGAAGUUCGUCUACAAGUUUGUGUCCUACCCCGAGGUCGCGGGGUGCUCCACUGAGGACUGCCCACCCCAGCCUGAGGUGUCUGUCACCUCCACUGUGGCAAAUGUGGGCACCACAGCUGUACACGCUGUCCCCGGGGACACUGCCUCUGGGAAGGCAGGCACACCCAGGGGUGCAGGAGUGGCAGGCCCGGGCGGCUUGGCACGCAGCAGCCGGAACGAUUACAUGCGCUCGGGCCUCUAUUCCACCUUCACCAUCCAGUCCCUGCAGCCGCAGCCGCAGCCACAGCCGCCCUCUCAUCCUCGGCCUUCCACAGUGCUCCCCAACACCGCCCCUGCAGGAGCAGCAGUGCCCCCCUCGGGGGGCAGGAGCACCAGCCCAAGCCCCUUGGAGGCCUGCCUGGAGGCUGAGGAGGCCGGCCUGCCUCUGCAGGUCAUCCUGACCCCACCCGAGGCCCCAAACCUUAAAUCCGAAGAGCCAAAUAUGGAGCCUGGGUUGGGCCGGCCACUGCCCCCAGAGGUCAAAGUGGAAGAGCCCAAGGAAGAGUUAGAAGCCUCAGCCACUGGGGAGGCGGGGUUUGUCCUGGAAGCCGUCAAGGCCGAGCCCUUUGAGCCCAAGGCCGAGCCAGAAGCCCCUCCCGCGGAGGGCGUGCCAGCCCGGCUGCCUGCGGUCGUUAUGGAAACUGCGGCGCCGGUGGGCGGCCUUGCGGCUUCCACAACUUCCAGCACGGAGAUCGCCCAGCCUCAGAAGGGCCGGAAGCCCCGGGACCUGGAGCUUCCACUCAGCCCGAGCUUGCUGGGUGGGCCGGGACCCGAACGGACUCCAGGAUCGGGAACUGGUUCCGGUCUGCAGGCGCCCGGCCCAGCGCUGACGCCUUCCCUGCUACCUACGCACACAUUGACCCCGGUGCUGCUGACGCCCAGCUCGCUGCCCCCCAGCAUUCACUUCUGGAGCACCCUGAGUCCCAUUGCACCCCGUAGCCCGGCCAAGCUCUCCUUCCAGUUUCCGUCCAGUGGCAGCGCCCAGGUGCACAUCCCUUCCAUCAGCGUGGAUGGCCUCUCAACCCCCGUGGUGCUCUCCCCAGGGCCCCAGAAGCCAUGACUGUCACCACCACCGCCACCACCCCUUUCUGGGGUCACUCCAUCCAUGCCCUGCACUUCUCUUCAGCCAGCCGUCUCAAGGAGAAACAUAGUUCAGCUGACAGACUCGUGCUGUGGUCGUGGUUGGGUGGGGAUUCUUAGGAAAAAGGAUCUCUCAGUAACCCUUCCACAGAAAACAUACAACUUCUCUCUUCUUGGUCAGUCCCCCAGUGGCCGCUCUUACACGUCCCUACUGCAGUGGUGGGGACGGUUUAUUUAUUUAUUUUUUGAAGGCCACUGGGAGGAGCCUGGCCCAACUCUUUGGGGGGGGGGAUUGGCGAGGGCAUCUCCCCCAUCUCCACAUUUUUUCCCCAAGAUGAGACAGUUUGGGGUCUGGCUUGAGAAGGAACUUUCUUUAUUUAUUUCUCAGGCUGCCCUUGGGGAGCUGAGGGAGCCCUGUCUCCAUUUUGGGGUGUGGGUAGAAAAGCUAGAUUGCUGUAGUUUAUUAUUCCUGGCCCUCCCCAAGGGUCCAGGAAGAAGUUCUGCCGUUUUAAAGGUUUGGGAGUUUCGGCCAAGGAAGACUCACACCCUUGGGAAUGGGAAUUUCCACCUCCCCGGCCUUUCUCUCAGACAGCUUGUCCUCUUUCAACCACCCUUUUUGGCCGGGGAGGAAUUGCCCCUUUUCUUCUUCCCCUGAGAAGCCAUUCCUGUGUCUGCCAAAUUCCUGGGGUCCUGCCUGUUACCUCCCAAUGGAGGGUUUUUUUGGGGAGUGGUCCCCGUCUGGGGGGCCCCUCCCACCAGUACUCCAGGUCUCCCUGUCCCCCACCCCCUGCCAUUUUGAUAGUAUAAUCUAUUUUUAAACAGGGCUUUUCAAUAGGGGAGAGGGAGGCAUCUCUUCCUAUAUCAGAUAGGGUGGGUGGGAAGGAAGGGAUUUUGGGGGGAGGUCUUCCUGCCGCCCCCAAGUGUUUAUUUUUGAUACCAAACGUGUAUUUUCAGCUCUCUCCCUCCCAGCCCCCCAAUUUCCUGCGGGCGGGUACAAAGGACCCUUUAAGUGUCCCUGGAGUUGGGAGGGAGGAAUGAGGGAUAUAAGGCCUGUCCUGUGUGAAUUCCAGGCUGGAGAAGGGCGGGUUCAAAGGACUCCUGGGUUCACCUCCCAUCAGCACCGGCCCAGCCUGGGCCUGGGGACCUGGGGGUUGGUGAUUUGGGGGACGGUGCUACACCUGUCUCCACUGUUUGUUUUACUUCCCCAAAAAUGGAUCUUUUUUUCUAAGAGUCCCAGAGAAUGGGGAAUUGUUCCUGUAAAUAUAUAUUUUUAAAGGUGAUGCUGGAGGCCGCUAGCAUUUUUUU